AUGGUUGGCAAUCACAAAGCAAUUCGUCUUCCCCCUUUGAAGACUCUACGAGUCCACAAUCCAAAGCGUCAAGUAGAGAAUCCGUGUAUUGCUAUCAUGUCUAGUGUUCUCGCAUGCUGGGCCUCAGCAGGUUACAACGCAACAGGCUGCGCAGCAGUGGAAACCCAACUCCGAAAAUGCAUGGAUGGACCCGCUGCUCCUCCUGCGCCUACGAAUACCAUUAAUUACCAUUUGUCGCGUAUGCAAAAGUACAUGACUGGACCUAGGAAGCAGAAGUAG